AUGCUCACCACCUCUACGGACGAGCUCGAGAAGACGGCGCUCGUGCCGCUCGACAAGCUCUUCCCGAACGGAGUUGGCUCCGUGAAGCAGGGCAAGGUCGUCGGAGUCGAGGCGGACAAGAAGGAGGUCGUGCUUGCGGACGGCGAGCGCGUCGCGUAUGAUGUUCUCGUGCUCGGAACAGGUUCCAUUUGGCCGGAGGAGUUCAACUUCCCGGAGGAGCCGGACCGUAUCCCCGACCACCUUGCGCACUGGCGCGGGCAGAUCAAGGAGGCGAAGAGCGUUACAAUCGUUGGCGGCGGCGCGGUAGGUGUCGAGUUUGCCGGCGAGAUCAAGGAGUUUUACCCUAAGACGAAGGUCACCAUCGUGCAUGGGCAGGAGGCCCUCCUUAACUCGACUUACCCGACCAAGUUCCGCAAGGCGUUUGAGUCGCGGCUGACAGCGAAGGGCGUCGAGAUCAUCUAUAACGACUUGGUCGAGGAUAUCCCCUCCGGCUCCGUCACCUCAAUCACCACCAAGAAGGGCAAGACUAUUGAAACCGACCUCAUCAUUCCCGCCUUCGGUGGCAAGCCGAACACCUCUUUCCUCCCCGCGGACUUCCUCAACCAGGCGAACUACGUCAAGGUUCGCCCGACACUGCAGACCGCCGCGCACGACGACAUCUUUGCCGCGGGCGACAUCAUCGACUGGGCAGAGCAGAAGCAGGCUGCGAAGAACGCCGCGCACGCUGCCGUCGUCGCGAAGAACGUCAAGGCCGUGCUCGAGGGCCGCAAGCCGACCGCGGUGUACAAGGGCAGCUACGAGCUUAUCCUCGUCACGACCGGCGGCGCUGCCUACUUCGGCGUCCUCUGGGGUCUUGUCUUUGGCGACUGGUUCGCGCGCAUGCUCAAGAGCAAGGACUUGAUGGUGCCCAUGUCCCGCGGUUUCUACAACUACAAGUAA